AUGGCGUUUAUUAAAGAGGAGAGUGAAGACAUUAAGAUUGAAGAUGCAAUCAGUAUGAAACAAGAAGAAACUGAGGAACAAACAGAUCUGAUGCCGCUGAAAGAGGAGAGUGAAGUACUAGAUGAAAUGAAAGAAAAAGAUCAGUAUAAGAAACAUCAUAAUAUUGUAACUGAAGAAAUAUCUGAAAAGUCUUCCUUACAAAAAAGUAAUUUCACCUGCCAACAGUGUGAAAAGUGUUUCUCUUCAAAAGCAAGCCUGAAACGCCACAUUGACGCUCACUCUGGAGAGAAGCCUUACGCCUGCCAGCAGUGUGGAAAGUGUUUCAAUAAAAAAGGAACCCUUAAAGGCCACAUGCGCAUUCAUACUAGAGAAAAGCCUUACACGUGCCCUCAGUGUGGAAACUGUUUCACCGAGCAAGGAAACUUUAACAGGCACAUGAGAGUUCACACUGGAGAGAAGCCUUACGCCUGCAAACUGUGUGAAAAGAGCUUUACAACAAAACUAAACCUUAAGGAUCAUGUAAACAGUCACACUGGUGAGACGCCAUUUACAUGUGAUCAGUGUGGAAGGAGCUUCCGAUAUAAGGUUACCCUUAAAAGGCACAUGAAGGUUCACUUAAGAGAGAGCAGUAUUACAUGUCAUCAGUGUGGAAUGAGUUUCUCAGACAGCAAAAACCUUACGAAUCAUGUGAUUACUCACACUGGAGAGAAACCAUACAUGUGCCUUCAAUGUGGAAAGACUUGCUCAAACAAUACAAAUCUUGCUGUUCACAUGAGAAUUCACACUGGAGAGAAGCCUUUCACCUGCCCUCAGUGUGGAAAGAGCUUCAGAUCUAUAGCAAACUUUCAGACUCACAUGAGAGUUCACACAGGAGAAAGACCUUACAUUUGCCCUCAUUGUGGAAACCGCUUCCAAUAUUUUGGAAACUUUCAGAUUCACAUGAGAGUUCACACAGGAGAGAGGCCUUACAUGUGUCUCGAGUGUGACGAGAGUUUCUCAUAUAAGAGAGAGCUGAAAUGUCAUCUGCUAACUCACUCUGAAAAGGAGUUCUAGUGUUUUCUCAGAGGCAAGAGAUUUACAAAAUAGAGCAAUUUCAAAAAUCACCUGCACAUUCAGUCUGGAGAAUGGCAAAUUGUGAAAUAAAAUUUGGCUCUGCAAUUUACUAGAAAACUAGAAAAUACUAGUAAUGCUGUAAAAUUUCAACAAGUUUCAAAUAUGAAUAGUUGUGAGUAGGGAUACACAAUAUUGGAUUUUUGCCGAUAUUUUUCAACUAAAUGUAGCCGAUGCCAAUAUAUUUUAAUUUGUUUGUAAACAACACUAAGUCUCUCCUGUGCAGAGAUUAUAAACAAAUUCUUCUUUUUGUUGUUGUUGUUGUUGUUGUUGUUUGUUUUUAAAAACUCUUAUUAGAAUUAAAUAAUCAUGACGUUCUUUUAUAAUUAAAGUACAUUAAAAGAUUAAAAAAUAACUACAAAUCAACUAAAUCAAUGGCUGCAUUGGUUUUUUUAGAUGGGAGGCAGUGGUAACCCUAACAUUUUUUUAAAAGAUUUAAUAUUUGUAGAUGGUCUAAAGCAAAAAAUAUUUUAGAGCUC